AUCUUCCCGAGUAUUUACAUGUAGAAAGGGCACUCCAGCUAUCAGGGGUGAUACUGAUUGUAUUUUCACUAUGCCGGUGCUUUUAUACCUUUCUGAUCACACUUUGCAGACCGGAUUACAGUGUUUUCGGGCGAAUGCGACUUAUAAUGCGGAUCCUCUGAAGCAGCUGAAAGAUCUUGCGUCUCUGAAAGACCAGCUGGAAGACAUUCAGAAGAAGGUUGAGAAUGAGGUGCAGGCAGGGAUCCCCCAGGGUGGCAGUCUGUUGGAGUCGCCGUUCCUAAAGGGCUUCGUGGCGGGCUACAUCGUGUCCAGGCUCCGGUCCUCCGCCAUCCUGGGCGUCGUACUGGGCGCCUGCACUGGGAUGUACGUUGCACAAAACUUCGACGUGCCCAACAUCGAGAGAACCCUGAAAGAUUACUUUCAGUCCCUCAAGAAAGGACCAAAAUGAUGUUUUUUUUCUGUUGGGGGGAAAAAGGAACCAGGAAACGCGUAACUAUGCCUUUCUGUACUGAUGCUGGAAAAAAUCCGUCAACUGGAAAAAACUCCCCCCUCCCCCGACCUCAUACACUAUGAAAAUAUAAAGAUAUAUAAUACAGGAAUGCUUUUCACUUAAAACAAGGGACACGGUCAAUGCAAAGUAGCAAACCAGACUGGCUUUAUUUAUUUAGUUUUCUGAAUGUGGUCUGGUGUGGCGUUGAGUUCACUUCCGGAUUUAUCUACAUCCAUAUUACAUUUACGUUUAGACACUUUCUGUUUAGUGACAACCAAAACGUACUCAUUAAGCGAUCGGGACAAUCAUCCCUGCUUGAUGCCUUGUAUCGCUGCAUUGGAGCAGAGGAGGUGUGUGGCUCAGAGGGCCUCACCUGGGUCAGGAAGUAAGCGGGGUGGGGUAGGCUGGGGCGAAGGGGGGGGGGGGGUGGCGGUCUUAGGGCUUUUCCCGUAUUUCUGUUUGAGAGCUGAGAGAUGGGACGUAGCUUUGGGUUCCAUCGCCAUGGGAACAGCAGAUCGCCGUGAAUGGCGAUCAGUGAGGGGAAUCGAUCUGCCUUUAUCGCCCCCCCCCGCCCCCCCACAUGCACUACUCAGAAGACCGGUCCUCGCUGUUACAGUAUUAGAGAUAAGCACUUAGCGUAAUGGACAAAGAUGUUCGCAAGCCAGGUCUCUCUGACUGCCGCACUUGAUGCCCUUAGCAGAUCACGCUUGUGAGGCCGCCAGCCUGGAAUGCGGGGAUGUUCCGGCAAUUUCCGAGCAGCGUCGCCUCGUCCGCGUCACAUUAUACCUUUGGCCGACGGCUUUUGACUGUCACGUGUCCGUCUGCAUGCCUUCUGCGGUUUGCUCUUUGCUUUUGCAUUGUAAGCACUUUUACGUGUAUUAAAGUUGAACGGCAUUAUCUAAA